AUGUCGAAUGAGGAAUUUAUUAGGACUCAAAUUUUUGGUACAGUUUUCGAAAUUACCAAUCGGUAUACUAAUUUGAACCCGGUUGGUAUGGGUGCCUUCGGGUUGGUUUGUUCUGCUACAGAUACGCUAACAAGCCAGCCUGUAGCGAUUAAGAAGAUUAUGAAACCGUUUUCUACUUCCGUACUGGCAAAAAGAACGUAUAGGGAACUCAAAUUGUUAAAGCAUCUAAGGCAUGAGAAUUUGAUUUGUCUCGAAGAUAUCUUCUUGUCACCAUUAGAAGAUAUUUAUUUCGUCACUGAAUUGCAAGGGACGGAUCUACAUAGAUUGUUGCAGACAAGGCCUUUGGAAAAACAAUUCGUUCAAUAUUUCUUAUACCAGAUCUUGAGGGGGCUUAAAUACGUUCAUUCCGCAGGUGUGAUCCAUAGAGAUUUGAAACCUUCCAAUAUCUUGAUCAAUGAGAACUGUGAUUUAAAGAUCUGCGAUUUCGGACUUGCUAGGAUUCAAGAUCCUCAAAUGACUGGUUACGUGUCAACCCGUUACUAUAGAGCCCCAGAAAUCAUGUUGACCUGGCAAAAAUAUAAUGUUGAAGUAGACAUCUGGUCUGCUGGUUGUAUCUUUGCCGAAAUGAUCGAGGGUAAGCCUUUGUUCCCAGGUAAAGAUCACGUGCAUCAAUUUUCUAUCAUCACUGAUCUAUUAGGAUCGCCUCCAAAAGAUGUCAUAGACACUAUUUGCUCAGAGAACACUCUCAAAUUUGUUACUUCAUUACCUCAUAGAGAUCCUGUACCAUUCAGUUCGAGGUUCCAGAACUUGGAACCAGAUGCUAUAGAUCUUCUAGAAAAAAUGCUUGUGUUCGAUCCAAAGAAGAGAAUUACAGCAGCUGAUGCCUUGGCCCAUCCUUACCUUUCCCCAUAUCAUGACCCAACCGACGAACCUAUCGCAGAAGCUAAGUUUGAUUGGAAUUUCAACGAUGCUGACUUACCUGUUGACACCUGGCGUGUAAUGAUGUAUUCCGAGAUCUUGGAUUUCCAUCAAAUCGGUGACCCACAAAUCAAUACAAAUGCUACUUUCGACGACCAAGUAGCCGCUGCCACUGUCGCCGCCGCGGAGGCUGCCUCUAAGCAACAGCAGCAGCAACAACACCAAACUGAAGAGCAAACUCAACAGACAAUCGCCUCUACUCCUCCCCAGGCUCAAGUGACCCCACAACAACUUGAAAGUGGCGCUAACUCUAAUUCCAAUUCUAACCCUUCUUUCUCUAUUGGCCCUGAUCCAGCAAACGAAACAUUGACGAAUUUUGCUAAUCAAGCAGACCAAUACGUCUCCAAAUUCAAAUAA